AUGGAAAAGGGUUCAUCUUCUUCUGCUUCAUCAGGGGGUGGUGGGGCCGACUCGGUCAACGGCUUGAAAUUCGGAAAGAAAAUCUACUUUGCCGGGGCGGGGUCGGGGUUGCAGGCGGAGGAGGCCGCGCCGCCGACGUCCCCGGCCAAGAAGGGGCGGAUGGCGGUGGCGCAGGGUGGGCAGCCGCCUCGGUGCCAAGUGGAGGGGUGCCAGGCAGAUCUGAGUGGUGCUAAAGCUUAUUACUGCAGGCACAAGGUCUGUGGUGUCCACUCCAAGUCUCCAACAGUCAUUGUUGCUGGCCUUGAGCAAAGGUUUUGCCAGCAGUGCAGCAGGUUCCAUCAGCUGCCGGAAUUCGACCAAGGAAAACGGAGUUGCCGGAGGCGGCUCGCCGGGCAUAACGAGCGAAGGAGAAAGCCUCCCUCGGGACCUCUCAUGUCUCCACGUUAUGGCUCGCUUUCCACAUAUGAUAACCAUAGCCGCACCACAGGAGGUUUUGUGAUGGACUUUAGCAGCUACUCAUCAAACAUUACUGGAAGAGACUCGUGGCCGAACAUAAGCUCCGAGCGAGUCCUAGGAAAUCAAUCAGCCAUCCCCCAAAAGUAUGAUCUUUCGUGGCCGAGCAACUCGCGCACUAAUCUCCUCCAGAGCCCGAACCCACGGCCCGAAAUACCUCCAGAGGGAUGUUUCAAUGGGGUUUCGAAUUCCAACCCUGGUGCUCUCUCUCUUCUGUCAAACACAUCUUGGGGCCCGAGGGCCCAACCACAAGCCUCAGGCUUCGGCACAAACGAUUUUAUCGGGUCUGUGGACCCCAAUUCUGCUAUUGGUCACUUUCCAAGCGGGCCGUGGAGUUUCAAGGGCAAUCAAGGCAGUGGCGGCCCUGUGCAAGAGAUGAGUUCGGAUAUGGGCUUAGCUGCAUUUUCUCAGAGUUCUAACAGUCAGUUUAGUGGUAGGCUCGGACUGGCUCAGUCGAGCAGUGAGCAUUACCAUGAUGAGAUGGAGCAGUCGAGGGGGUUUGAUUCCCCAGAUCACCAUAUGCACUGGUCACUCUGA